CUGCUUAAGUCUUCACUGGAAACGAAACUUAAGAGAACAAGAAUUAAGAAAACAAGAACCAUGAAGUGCUUGUGCUUCCUCCUGUUGAUGACAACAGUCUUCGUUGCAUCGGAAAAUCCUGAUGAAAAUUUGGGUGUCGACGAGAACGAUUUAUUCGAGGGGGAUAUGAUCCUUCCUGCGGAUGUCCUCUAUAGAGCCGAGCACGGAAUGGAUGUUGAUAGCUCCCGCAAAAGAGGUUCGGUCAGAAGCAGACUAUGGCCGUCAGGAGAAGUCCCAUACGUAAUCGAUAAUAGCCUUGCUAGAGGGCGGGCCAGGGCUGCCAUAAAUGCAGGUAUGAAUGAAUGGACAAAAAAGACAUGCAUCCGUUUUAAGAGGCGAACAAAUGAAAGAGCUUACGUCAACUUUGCUAGCGGCAGCGCAGGGUGCUGGUCAUAUGUGGGUAGAACUGGAAACAGUCAAGUUAUCAACCUUGGAUCAGCCGGAUGCUGGACUCAAGGAAUUGUUGCCCAUGAAAUCGGCCAUGCCAUUGGAUUCUUUCAUGAACAGUCUCGUCCCGAUAGAGACCAGUUUGUCAUUGUUCAGCUGCAAAAUGUAAUACCAGGCAGAGAGAGUAAUUUUAACAAGUACCCAAGGUCAACGAUUGAUUCUCUCGGCACCCCUUACGAUUAUGAAAGCGUGAUGCACUACAGUGGCACAGCGUUCAGUAGGAACGGACGUCGAACCAUAGUAACCAAAGACAGUAGGUUUAACAAUGUCAUUGGCCAGAGGAACGGUUUAAGUUCAAUUGAUGCUCGGCAAGCGAACCUUUUGUACCGAAGUGAAUGUGCAAAGAGAGCGGUUUGUCAAGACAGAUGGAGGUCUUGCCAGCGGUGGCCAGAACGCUUCUGCAGGUAUAACGCGGUCAAGAGAAACUGCAGGAAACGAUGUAACCAAUGCAAUUAG